AUGGUUCUUCUCAAAUUGCUCUUUCUAAGUCUGAUUUUCGACGAAUUCAUUGCUGAUUUGGAUGUUAUCACUUGUCCGAAAGGUCAGAUGAUUAAAACACAAGGGACAAGUCAAAAAUGUCAGACUUGUCCGAAGGAAUACCACCAGCCCGUUGAGAAUCGCUCCAAACAGUGCAAACCGUGUACAAAGUGCGACAAAGGGUCGGGAAGUGAGAUGACAGAGAAAUGCACAAGGGAGAGAGACACAAAGUGUCAGUGCCGAGAAGGAUUUGUUCCCGUCGAACCGGAUUUUGCUACUUGUGAAUGCCCCGUUGGAUUUGGGCUACGCCAUGGAGAAUGUUCAAAAUGCGAGGAUGGCACCUUCAACCGAUGUCCCAACACUGCUUGUAUUAAGUGGAAAAAGUGUAAUUCUGGCGUGUAUGUCAGCGGGAGCAGCACCUCUGACGUUAUCUGCAAUGGCGAGUCACCCACUUUAAACCACACCGUUUCUGUGAUCACACCUCCACGUGAAACAGCCCAAAGUCAUGACGUUCAGCUUGAUACCACCACCGCGACCACCAUCACUGCAGUGUAUGACGUGCUGUCUAACAAUAGUGACAAAUUGCAGCCUUCAAAAACCACUGGCUACCACAUCGGCAUGACCUUUCUCAUCUUAGGAAUUGUUGCACUGCUUGUUGUCAGUGCUCUGGCCUGUAAAGUACGCCUUAUUACGUGUGUGAGGAGAAGACCAGCAGCGAAAAGUACAGGAGACUCGCAGUACCGCCGGCCUGUUGAAGAAUGUGGCGAUGGCAAGUGUUCCAACCAGAAUCCAAAGGCGCCUUAA